CACAUGAUUUGUUGCCACACCGCACCAUGAUUAAAGUUAUAUAAAGAGAUACCAGGACAGAAUCAAAGUGAAAGAAAGUCCCAAAAACAAAAAACCAAAUUAAAAAAACACAAACCCAUUCGUGUGCGUGCUUCUAAGUUUAAACAUUAAUGGACAUUUCCUCAUCACUUUUGCUCUUCUCCACCUUCAUCUUUGUCAUCAUCAUCAUCUUCAACAAGAUCAACAGUCUCAGAUCAUCCUCAGCUUCAAAGACGAAGGUUAUUGAUCAUGUUAUUACUCACAGUUACGGACCAAUGUUUCCACAAGGAAGCUUGGGAUGGCCUGUCCUCGGAGAAACCAUCGAGUUCAUCUCUUCUGCUUACUCAGACCAUCCCGAGAGUUUCAUGGACAAGCGUCGACUUAUGUAUGGGAGAGUGUUUAAGUCGCAUAUAUUUGGAACGGCUACGAUCGUGUCGACGGACGCUGAAGUGAACAAAGCCGUUUUACAGAGCGACUCGACGGCGUUCGUGCCGUUCUACCCGAAAACGGUGAGGGAGCUAAUGGGGAAAUCGUCUAUACUUCUCAUAAACGGGAGUUUACACAGAAGGUUCCAUGGAUUAGUCGGUUCGUUCUUAAAGUCACCACUUCUCAAAGCUCAAAUCGUUGCAUUCAAAGUACUUGCAAAGGCAUUGAUAAGUGUAGAGAAAGGAGAAGAGUUGGAUAAAUUAAAGGAAGAGUUUGAACAAUUCAUCUCAGGACUCAUGUCACUACCAAUUAACUUCCCUGGAACCCAACUUCACAGAUCUCUCCAAGCUAAGAAGAAGAUGGUGAAGCAAGUUGAAAUGAUCAUAGAAGGCAAAAUUAGCAGAGGAAGAAACAAAGAAGAAGACGGCGCUAUGGCAAAAGAUGUUGUGGAUGUGUUGCUUAAGGACUCAAGUGAAUAUUUAACGCACAAUUUGAUUGCUAGCAAUAUGAUUGACAUGAUGAUUCCCGGCCACGACUCUGUUCCUGUCCUCAUCACUCUUGCCGUCAAAUUUCUCUCCGAUUCUCCCACUGCUCUUCAUUUUCUAACGGAAGAAAACAUGGAGCUGAAAAGAUUGAAGGAAUUGACAGGGGAGCCACUAUAUUGGAAUGACUAUUUGUCAUUACCUUUUACGCAAAAGGUCAUUACAGAGACACUGAGAAUGGGAAAUGUUAUAAUUGGAGUAAUGCGAAAAGCAAUGAAAGAUGUUGAAAUAAAAGGAUACGUGAUACCAAAAGGAUGGUGCUUCUUGGCUUAUCUCAGAUCAGUCCAUCUUGAUAAACUUUAUUAUGACUCUCCUUACAAAUUCAAUCCCUGGAGAUGGCAAGAAAGGGACAUGAACACGAGUAGUUUCAGUCCUUUUGGUGGUGGUCAGAGAUUGUGCCCUGGUCUCGAUUUGGCCCGUCUUGAAGCUUCAGUUUUCCUUCACCAUCUUGUCACUCGCUUCAGAUGGACUGCAGAAGAAGAUACAAUUAUAAAUUUUCCUACAGUGCAUAUGAAGAACAAAUUACCCAUUUGGAUCAAAAGAAGAUAAUUGUCUUUGAGAAUCAGUUUUGCAUUAUCAAAAUCUAAAAGGUAAAAGAAGAAGUCACACGAGUGUUUGUGAGGGGAGUGAAUGAAAGUGAUAGUGAGGACAGAAAAGACAACAUGAUGGAGUGUAGAGACAAAAAGGAGUAGUCGCACGUGUGGGAGGCGACAGAACACGUGUCGAUUACUUGUCGUUUUCUGUCGAAAGGCAAAUAAGGACAAAAUCACAAAACCUGAUUAUUUCUUUACUCGACCGUAGAAUUUCGCGUUUUUUAGCUAAGUGUAUACGUAUGAUGUAAUUUAAUACUAUCAGAUAAUAUAGUAGAAUCCUAGUAUAUCCAUGACUCUUGCUUUUCAUAAUAUCCAUUAUAUACUAAGAAAAUCAGUGUAGGAAAAGUUUUAUGAAAAUUUUUCAGUACUAACUAUGAAAUAAAUUUAAGUUUACUAAAACUACUAAGUUAUAUUCUAUGUCAAUAUAU